GUGAUCUCCGGCAUUCAAUCACAUGACCAGAAUGCCGGAAGUGGGGAAUGUCAGCAUUGUGUCCUAUCUGAUCUUCUGAGAAAAGCAUGAAGAACAAUCUUUGCACAUUGCGUUCGAAAAAGUCAAACUAAAUCACUGUAGAUAUUUAUAAGUUCUGGUGGUGAAUCGUAUUUUCCGAAGAUGCAGCCUCUUGCCUACCCUGCCAUGUUUCAGCUCAUCAUCAUAAAGUUGUUCUUCCUUUUCCCAAUGAUUUCAGGUGGACGUCCAUGUGUCCCGGUAAAUUUCGGCCAUGGGUCAGUGGUGUGCGUCUGCAAUGCUACUUAUUGUGACACCGUGGAUCCAUUUGUUCUCCCUGCCUUGGGCACCUUCAGCCAGUAUGAGAGUAGCCAGAGUGGCAAGCGCCUGGAUCUCAGCACUGGUGCUUUUAAGAAAAGAACCCCAUCCCCAUCAGAUCUUGUCCUAAACCUGAAUGAUGCCAAAAAGUAUCAGAACAUCAAAGGUUUCGGUGGAGCUAUGACCGAUUCAGCAUCUCUGAAUAUCCUUUCUCUGAGCUCUGGUGUCCAAGAAAAUCUCCUGAAAUCCUACUUCUCCGAGGAAGGUAUUGAAUACAACAUUUUACGUGUACCGAUGGCAAGUUGUGAUUUCUCUAUUCGUGUGUACACUUAUCUUGAUAAAGACAGCGAUUUCAAGCUGGACUCGUUCAGCCUGCAGGAGGAGGACAUCAAGCUGAAGAUUCCUGUAAUUCAGAAAGCAAGGGAAAUGUCCAAGAGGCCAAUAUCCCUCUUUGCCAGUCCUUGGACAUCGCCAGCAUGGAUGAAAACGAACAAUGCUACAAAUGGAAAAGGGAUCCUGAAAGGACAGCCUGGGGAUCAGUACCACAAGACGUGGGCCAACUAUUUUAUCAGGUUUUUGGAUGAAUAUGCAAAACACAAUGUUUCGUUUUGGGCCGUGACAGUGGAAAACGAGCCCACAGCCGGAAUGAUGACAGAUUACCCUUUCCAGUGUCUGGGAUUCACGCCGGAACACAUGAGGGAUUUUAUAUCCAGUGACCUUGGCCCUGCAUUCGCUAACAGCUCACACAAACAUGUCAAAAUGAUGAUUCUGGAUGAUAAUCGCCUUCUGCUUCCUUACUGGGCUAAAGUGAUCCUCUCUGAUGUCAAUGCUGCUCGAUACGUCCAUGGCAUUUCUGUUCACUGGUACCUUGAUGACCUCGUACCAGCCGAGAUCAGUCUUGGGGCAACUCACCGGCUCUACCCAGAAUACUUCCUAUUUGCCAGCGAAGCCUGCAAUGGGUUUUUGCCCUGGGAAAAAGGAGUGCGGCUGGGGUGCUGGCACCGGGGAAACAAAUACAGCUCCAGGAUAAUUGAGGACCUUAAUAACUAUGUGACAGGGUGGACAGACUGGAAUCUGGCCCUCGAUACUGAUGGUGGACCCACGUGGGUGGAAAAUUAUGUGGACAGCCCCAUUAUUGUAGACAUCACUAAGGAUGUGUUCUACAAGCAGCCGACCUUUUAUCAUAUGGGACAUUUCAGCAAGUUUAUUCCUGAGGGAUCGCAGCGUGUUGGGCUGGAUGUAAGUCAUGAAAAUCAGUUGGAAACUGUGGCUUUUCUGCGUCCUGAUAAUGCCGUCACUGUAGUCGUCCUUAAUGGAGGUUCACUGGAUGUGAAUUUUGUAAUUUCUGACCCAUUGCUCGGAGUUAUUGAUGCAACGUGUCCAGCAAACUCUAUUCAAACAUACAUCUGGAGGCGAGAGUGAAGGAGGGAGAGUAAGCGGUUUAACACAUUAUGAUCAACAGACAUUUCAAACAGUAAAUUAAUUGCAAUCAAGAGACUCUACUUUUAUACUUGCACUAACAAAAAAGUAAAUUUCUUAUAAUA